ACAUUAUCUUCAUCCUGACUCCGCAGGAAAGGAGGCUGAAAUGACGGAUGCAACCAUGGAGGCGACACCCGGGGACGGUUUAUUUACACCAGAAGAGCCGCUUUAAGUUUACUAGAGGGAAGCAGAUGCGUGUGUCCCCCUCUUUACUUUCACGGACCCCCUCCUCCUCCGCUGGCAGAAAUUUAUAAAGAACAAAAAAUCCGACGAGGGAGGGGAGGGGGGUUGAUAUGCGCCGAGGCUGAAAUCGAGAGGCGAACCCAGGGAAAGCGGAGUAAUUUGUACACGGGACUUUCCCCCUCUUAGUACCCCAAACGGAGGGGGAAAAGUCGCAAUAUUGGCAACGAGAAGGAAUGGGCUUCUAAAGGCGUGAAAACGUCUGCAAUUGUGGAUACUUUAUAUAUUUUUAUUUCGAAAAAAUAUGGCCGAGAACGUUCUGGACUCUGGCCCGCCUUCAGCCAAGAGGCCUAAACUCUCCUCUCCGGCACUUUCCGCCUCCGCCAGCGAUGGAAAUGAUUUCGGGACGCUGUUGGACUUGGAGCACGAUCUCCCGGAUGAGCUGAUCAUCCCCAGCGAACCGGUUCUUGUCAACGAUGGGGACCUGAACCAGCUGAACAGCAGCUUGGGAAGAGGACCCGCAGGUGGAACAGCAGGGGGAAUGGGGCUGGGCUUUGGCCCCGGUCCCGGGGGGGAACCCGGCGGGGUUGGGGGGGGCCAAGACGCAGUGGCCAAGCACAAGCAACUGUCAGAGCUUUUGCGUACAACCACCUCCAGUCAACAAGGGCAUCCGGGAGCCAUGGGUGGCCCCGGAGGCCCCGGAGUGAUGGGGCAGCACCUAGCCAACAUAAAGGUAUCCUCAGGACAGGGGCCUCAGCAGAUGAUGGGGGGGCAGCAGCAGCAUCUCUCGCAGCAGCAGGCCAACAUGAUGCAGCAGCAGCCGGGGAUGAUGGGUAACAGGGGCAUGAUGGGCGUGCAGCAGAAAGCCAAUAACGGCCAGCAGCAGCAGCCGGGCAUGAUGGGAAGCCAGGUGAUGAACGGCUCCCCCAGGAUGGGCUUCGGGAACCAGGGGAUGGCCGGCAGCGGCAACAUGUUGGCCGACACGCUGCAGCAGCAGGGAGCCGCGGGGCCGGGAGUCAUGAGGGGCCAACAGCAUGGAGCCAUGAACAAGCCGGGCAUGAUGGGAAACCCAGGCGGCUCGUUUGGAGGUCCAUAUCAAGGAGGUCAGGGUUUGGGAGCUGCAGGGCUGGGCCCUCAGCUCCAGAACAAAGGGCCCAUGGCCAACAACCUGGGCCAGUUCAAUGUGGACAAGAAGACCCAGUCAAUGCAAGGAAUGGGUGCCAUGCAGCCGCAGCCGGGUGUGGGCGGUCCAACGGGUGCACCGGUGGGAGGAGCACCAGGGAUGGUCCCCAGCGCGCAGGCGGGCCUGGCAGGAUACAACACGCAGGCCUCCGCAGCGUCCGCUGCGGCCGGAGCGCCACCCACAGCAGACCCCGAGAAGCGCAAGCUGAUCCAGCAGCAGCUGGUCCUCCUGCUUCACGCGCACAAGUGCCAGCGGCGGGAGCAGGCCAACGGAGAGGUCCGGCAGUGCAACCUGCCCCACUGUCGCACCAUGAAGAACGUCCUGAACCACAUGACCCACUGCCAGGCCGGCAAGUCCUGUCAAGUGGCUCACUGUGCCUCCUCCAGACAGAUCAUCUCCCACUGGAAGAACUGCACGCGCCACGACUGUCCUGUUUGUCUGCCACUGAAGAACGCCGGGGACAAGAGGAACCCGCAGUGUGAGUCUCUGCUGAGUGCAGCAGGUUCAGGACUGGGAAGCUCGCUGGGUUCGGUCCCCGGUGGUCAGCCCAGUACUCCCAACAUCAACCCUCCCAGCCAGAUUGACCCCAGUUCAAUAGAGAGAGCCUACGCCGCCCUGGGUCUCACCUACCAGGGAAACCAGAUCCAGGGUCAGACUGGUCCACCCAACGUGGCCAGCCAAGGUCAGGCCGGCAUGAGGCCUCUGAACCCAAUGAGUGUGAAUCCGAUCGGGGUCAAUGGCGGCGUGGGCGGCCCCCCUCAGAGUCAACAAGCCAGUUUACUACAGGACACCAUGAUGCAUCUUAAUGUGAAUAACCAAAGUUUGAUGAAUGAUGCUGUGGGAGUCGGAUCCAUGCCCACAGCAGCCCCUCCCUCCGCCACAGGGAUAAAGAAAGGCUGGCAUGAAGACAUCACACAGGACCUCCGGAACCACUUGGUGCACAAGCUUGUCCAGGCCAUCUUUCCGACUCCGGAUCCUGCCGCGCUGAAAGACCGUCGGAUGGAGAACCUGGUGGCCUACGCCCGGAAGGUAGAGGGAGACAUGUACGAGUCGGCCAACAGCAGAGCUGAGUACUAUCACUUGCUGGCGGAGAAGAUCUAUAAGAUCCAGAAGGAGCUGGAGGAGAAAAGACGGACUCGGCUGCAGAAACAGGGCACAGCCGGGCCCGGCAUGGGUCAGUCACCAACCGGGCUGCCUCAGAACGGCCCUCUCUCUGAUCCAUCCAUGGUGCGGCCGCCUGUACCCAAUCAGAUCAACAGGAUGCAAAACCCAGGUAUGAACCAGUUCAAUCAGAUGGGGAUGCCAGCUAUGGGUCAGAGGUCAACACCACCUCUUCCUAUGGGAGCAUCUGGCAACCAGCUUGGAAUGGUUGGGCCCAGAGUGGGACAGCCCAACGUCAACACAAUGCCGACCCAGUAUCUGUCUCAUGGACAGUUUCCUGGGUCAGGACCUGGAGUUGGAGCACCUCAGCCUGGACUGGCCCAGCCUGGAGCCCAGGGCGGGAUGGUACAGGCCCAGAUGGGAACUCCUCCGUCUCUCUCCGUGGCCAGUCCUCUGGCACAGCCCGGUUCAGUGGGCGGUCCCAGUGGGGUCCCCACUGUGGGGCCCAUGGGUCCCCAGAGCGUGGGAGGCGGCGGUCCCAACGCAUCUCUUGGCACCCCCGCUCCAUCCGUAACCUCAUCUAACUCCAACCAGCAAGCCAACUCCAUGCCCCACCUGGGACCCAUGCGUGGCAGCUCACCCUCCCCGGCACACAGUCGCUCCCCAACGCCCCACCAGACGCCCCCCAGACUAGCGGGCUCCCAGACGCCGCAGCCACACACCCCCAACGCUCCUCAGCUGGCGGGGCCCCCGCUGGCCCUUCAGCAGAAUCAACUCAGCCAGGGGCCUGGCUCCAACAAGCCCCUCCAGCAGCAACACAUGGGACCCUCGGGUUCAACCACUCCGUCUCAUCCCGGACUAGCCCCCAGCUCCACGCCGCAUGCCGCUCAGCUGCCCCGCACUCCGCUGUCCCAGAAGGGCUCGUUCCCAGCAGACAGCCAGGCCAUGACGCCGGCCUCCGUCGGCAGUCUGGACGCCGCGUCCCAGCAGCCGCCGCUGGACGCCUCCGCCACCAAGAUGGAGCCCAAGGCAGAAGUGAAGCACGAGGAUGAGGAGGAGGAGAGCGACUCGGGCAGUUGCUCCAAAGGGGGGAAGCUGAGCAACCACAAAGCGGAGGAAAAACCCAUCAAACUAGAACCUAAGAAGGAGGAGUGUUCCGGAGACGGAGGGAAAGGAGUCCCCAUGGACACGUCCAAGCCGUCAGCGGCCAUGAAGACCGAAGUGAAGAAGCUAGAGGAGAGUUCGGAGGCAGCUGCUCCACAGGCUCCUGUGAAGAAGAAGAUCUUCAAGCCAGAGGAGCUUCGUCAGGCCCUCAUGCCCACGCUGGAGUCUCUCUACCGACAAGACCCAGAAUCCCUCCCGUUCAGAAUGCCUGUGGACCCAAAGCUGCUCUGCAUACCUGACUACUUUGACAUAGUGAAGAACCCGAUGGACCUGUCCACUAUCAAGAGAAAGUUAGAUACAGGUCAGUACCAGGACCCGUGGCAGUACGUGGACGACAUCUGGCUGAUGUUCAACAACGCCUGGCUGUACAACCGCAAAACGUCCCGCGUCUACAAGUACUGCUCCAAACUGGCCGAGGUGUUCGAGCAGGAGAUCGACCCCGUCAUGCAGGGCCUGGGCUACUGCUGCGGCAGGAAGCUGGAGUUUUCUCCGCAGACACUGUGCUGCUACGGGAAGCAGCUGUGCACCAUUCCCAGAGAUGCCGUUUACUUCAGCUACCAAAACAGGUACCACUACUGCGAGAAGUGCUUCAACGAGAUCCAGGGAGAGACCGUUUCCCUGGGCGACGACCCCACCCAGCCGCAAACGUCCAUAAACAAGGAUCAGUUUGAAAAAAAGAAAAACGACACACUGGACCCUGAGCUGCUAGUUGAAUGUAUGGACUGCGGACGCAGGAUGCAUCAGAUCUGCGUUUUGCACAAUGAAACAAUCUGGCCAGCAGGUUUUGUUUGUGACGGCUGUUUAAAGAAGACAAACAAGACGAGGAAAGAGAACAAGUAUUCUGCCAAACGGUUGCCCCAGACGAAGCUGGGAACCUUCCUGGAGUCGAGAGUGAACGACUUCCUGAAGCGCCAGGCCUAUCCUGAAUCUGGAGAGGUCUUCAUCCGGGUCGUCCAUGUCUCUGACAAAGUGGUGGAAGUCAAACCAGGGAUGAAGUCCAGGUUUGUGGACAGUGGAGAGAUGUCCGAGUCGUUCCCUUACAGGACCAAAGCUCUUUUUGCCUUUGAGGACAUCGACGGUGUGGACGUCUGCUUCUUUGGUAUGCAUGUUCAGGAGUACGGCUCCGACUGCCCUCAGCCCAACCAGAGGCGAGUCUACAUCUCCUACCUGGACAGUGUUCACUUCUUUCGGCCUCGCUGCCUAAGAACAGCAGUUUACCAUGAAAUCCUCAUCAGCUACUUGGAGUACGUCAAGAAGUUAGGUUACACCACCGGUCACAUCUGGGCUUGCCCGCCUAGCGAGGGCGACGACUACAUCUUCCACUGCCAUCCUCUGGAUCAGAAGAUCCCAAAGCCCAAGCGACUGCAGGAGUGGUACAAGAAGAUGCUCGACAAAGCCGUAGCAGAGCGCAUAGUACACGACUACAAGGAUAUUUUCAAGCAGGCGACGGAGGAUCGUUUAACCAGUGCCAAGGAACUGCCUUAUUUUGAGGGCGACUUUUGGCCCAACGUGUUGGAGGAGAGUAUCAAGGAGCUGGAGCAGGAGGAGGAGGAGAGGAAGAAGGAGGAGAGCAGUACCUCUAAUGAGAGCAUUGAUGAUGCAAAAGGCGACAGCAAAAACGCAAAGAAGAAGAACAACAAAAAGACGAGUAAGAACAAAAGCAGCUUGAGUCGCUCAAAUAAGAAGAAACCAGGGAUGCCCAACGUUUCCAACGAUCUGUCACAGAAACUUUACGCCACGAUGGAGAAACACAAAGAGGUGUUCUUUGUGAUCCGACUGAUCGCGGGUCCCAUGGCGAACGCCUUGCCCCCCAUCGUGGACCCGGAUCCCCUGAUGGCAUGUGACCUGAUGGACGGUCGGGAUGCGUUUCUGACACUGGCCCGGGACAAACACCUUGAAUUCAGCUCAUUGAGGAGGGCCAAGUGGAGCUCCAUGUGCAUGCUGGUGGAGUUGCACAACCAAAGCCAGGACCGCUUUGUUUACACGUGCAACGAGUGCAAGCACCAUGUGGAGACCCGCUUCCACUGCACCGUCUGUGAGGAUUACGACCUGUGCAUCACCUGCUACAACACUAAGGGCCACGAGCACAAGAUGGAGAAGCUAGGCUUGGGCUUGGACGAUGAGAGCAGCAACCAGGCCGCUGCCACCACCCAGAGCCCGGGAGACUCGCGCCGCCUCAGCAUCCAGCGUUGCAUCCAGUCCCUGGUCCACGCCUGCCAGUGUCGCAACGCCAACUGCUCCCUGCCGUCCUGCCAGAAGAUGAAACGGGUCGUCCAACACACGAAAGGCUGCAAGAGGAAAACCAACGGCGGCUGCCCCAUCUGCAAGCAGCUCAUUGCAUUGUGCUGCUACCACGCCAAGCACUGUCAGGAGAACAAGUGUCCAGUGCCAUUCUGCCUGAACAUCAAGCACAAGCUGCGGCAGCAGCAGCUACAGCACCGGCUGCAGCAAGCCCAGAUGCUGAGGAGGAGAAUGGCCAGCAUGCAGAGGGUCGGCCAGGCCCCUCCGGGCGGCCCACCUGGGGGGAGUGGGCUGCCGUCUCCCAGUGGCAACAACGGAGCAACCGGUCCGGCCACCCCGACAUCAGUUGGUACGCAACCUCCGACCCCACAGACCCCCACCCCGGGCAGCAUGCCCCCGCUUCCUCAGCCACCAGGAGUUCAGAUGGGCGGGAUGGUCACUCCGGGUCAGCAGCCAGGCGGUGCGAUGACUCCUCAGCAUCACCACCAACAGUUCCAGGCAGAAGGGAUGAUGAUGUCUCCUCAGCAGCAGAUGGUGAAUCAGCAGCAGCAGGGGCCCAACGUGCAGCAGCUGCAGCACCCUGGAGGUUUACCUCCGUACAACCCCAGACCACCAGGGCCGGUGUCUCUCCAUCAGUCGCUAGGGAAACCUGGGUUGGGUCCAGCCACCCCACCCUUGCAACAGCAGCAGCCCAACCAGGGGCAGGGGUCCAUGUCUGUACAGAGCCAGCCGCAGGGGCCUCCACUAGCCGCAGUAGAGACAGCCCUAAAGAUCCAACGACUAGCAGAGACCCAGAGUCGGAUGGCUCAGGCCCAGGCGCAGAUUCGUGGCUUGGGGCAGGGCGGCAUGAUCCCACAACACCCCCACCACCAGAACAGCCCGGCACAGAUGGUAAUGCCCCACAUUGGGGCCCAGGGCAUGGCCCCCCAGACUCAGGGAGUGGUUGGCAGGACUAUGUUGGAAUCGCAGCAACACGGGAUGGUAGCUGGCACACAAUCCCAGCUGACCUCUCAAAUUCAACAACCACUUCAGCCAACAAACCAGCAGUGGGGGGGCCCCAGAGGGCCGACCAUGAACCCACAAACAAGGACAGCUAUGAUGGGGUCUAUGCCCCCCCAGCAGCAGGCUGCCAUCACUCAGCAGCAGCAGCCACCAAUGAAUACGCAGCAGACCCAAGCAGGAAACCGAGGUUUGAUGCAGGUGUUGGGUGUGUCAGAAGGGGCAGCAGGGGCCCCUGGGCUGAUGCAAGGAGGGGGAACGGGUAACUUGCCCCAGGGAGCAGUGCAGGAGCUUCUGCGUACCCUCCGCUCCCCAACCUCACCCCAGCAGCAGCAACAAGUCCUCAACAUCCUGCGCUCCAACCCAACUCUGAUGGCUGCCUUCAUUCGCCAGAGAACGGCUCGGUACCAGGGUUCUCAGGGAGGCCCUGGGGGGCCGCCAGCAGGGGCUCCUGGAGGUGUAAGGUUCCCAGGCUCUGCUGGAGGCUUGCCCAAUGUAGGGGGACCUGGAGCCAACCCGCUUGGCAACUUGGAUGGGCAACAACAGGUUAACGUUAACCAGAUGGGGAUGAAUAUCGCUCAGGGUGGAGCCGGGGGAGGCAACAUGCCCACCAUGGCUCAGUUGCAGCAGUUGCAGCAACAACAGCAACAGCAGCAGCAGCGUCCCAUGUUGCAACAGCAGAUGGCUGCUCUGCAACAGCAGCAACAGGGAGCAAUGCAAGCUGGACAACAAGGCAACCUGGCAAAUAUGAAUCCUCAGUUCAGAGAGUUGAUAAUGAGGAGACAGCUACAACAGCAGCAGCUACAGCAACAGCAGCAGCUACAGCAACAGCAGCAGCUACAGCAACAGCAGCAGCAACAACAGCUGCAGCAACAGCAGCUGCAGCAGCAGCAGCUACAGCAGCAACAGCAGCAGCAAAUGGCGAACCAUGGGCCGUUCCAGCAACAGCAGCAAGUGCAGCAGAGCUUCAUGCAACCUGGACAAGGACAGGCAGGGAUGCCUCCGUCCUCUCAGCCACAGCCUGCAGGGGGGGCUGUGGGGGUCCAGCAGCAGCAACAAGGACCACAGGGGGGACAGCAAGGGUACCCCAUGUCACAAGUAGCUGCUGCACUGCAGCAGAGGCUGCAUCAGGUGCAGAUGCAGCAGAACUCCAUGGGUGGUCACCAAGGACCUGACCUGAGUGGGGGGGGCUCUGGCCCCCCCCUGCAGCCCGGACAGGGUACCUCAGGGCCGGGGCAGCAGCAGGGUGGAGUCGGAGUGCCACAGCUGUCCCAAGGCAUGGUUCACCAGAACUUCCAGCAGAGGCUGCUGCAGCCAUCACACCUGGGGGCCGGCUCGCCUGCCCAGCACAGCAGCCCCAUGAGCCCCCAGAUGGCCCAGUCCCCCCACAUCCCGGGCCAAGGUGGCCUCGGCCCGGCAGGCUCACUGGGCAGCCAGGUCCGCUCCCCUCAGCCUUCCCCCCGGCCGCAGUCACAGCCGCCACACUCCAGCCCGUCCCCGCGCAUGCAGCCCUCCUCCCAGCCGCAGCCCUCGCCUCACCGCAUCUCCCCGCAGACCCAGAGCGGGUCACCGCACCCGGGCCACCUCGCCCAGCACCAUCCCAGCAUGGCUCCGCCCCAACCGCCACAGGUCCAACAGCCAGCGUUGUCCCAGCAGCCACCAGGGGGCUCCGUGGAUCCCAGUCAGUUCAGUGACCAGAACUCCAUCAUGUCCCAGCUGAGCGGGAUGGCAGGGAUUCACGGAGGGCAAGGCACGCAGCCGGACAUGCUGGGGGGAAACAAUAACAACGGCAGCAGCAACAGCCAGGAGCUCAACCACAAUCUCAUGUAGCCUCGCCUCCACUUUUUGCUCUGACUUGUUGCCCCAGACGACAAACUGCCAUACAGCGAGCCGGGGCUUUUAGAAGUUUUUAUUUUUUAUUUAAACAUUUUUGUGAUGUAUAAAUAUGAACUAAAGCUUCCUUCCUAUGGGAGAUGCGACUUUAAUCUUAGAAAUCAAUAAAUGAAUAAAUUAAAAACAAUGGUAAGUUAUUGCUGUUAAUAUAUAUAUAUAUAUCUAUAUAUUUUUGCCAACUGUGUACAAAAAGGCAGAAGGGUAGAGUUUCUGGUGGAGAUAUUUCUUCCUUAAAUAUGACAAUAUUUUCGGGGACUGAGUAUUUUGCCUUUUUAAGAAGAUUUUUAAGAUUUCAAAUGUGGUUAUAAAAAAGUUAAAGUGAGUGAUGUACCUUUUUUAUAAAUAUACAUAUAUAUAUAUAUAUAUAUAUUGUUUUCCCCUGAAGCACCCUGUCAUGAUUGUAUUUUCCAGUCUGAUUAUUUUGUAUUUUCGUUCCGUCGAUGAAUCGUGAAAGGAACACGAACAUAUCUUCCGUUACAGCGGUCUUCUUCAGAACGGUGAACACAGCUUUGUACGUGACUGCAGCAAAUUCCAGAUAUUUAUUUACUUUGAGCAGGUGGGAGGAAAUCUGUGUGUGUGCGCGCGAGUUUCAUUUUGUAGGUAUGUGUGUGUGAGAGAGAAUCAGGGGUUUCUAUUACAGGUUUUUGUUAAACAUUUCCCGUGUUUUGGCAGAUUUUGGCCACAUGUACCUGACGGAUUGCACCCCCUUCUCAGCCUUUUGUGAAUAUGCAUCCCUCCAGUCCCUUUUACCGAUCCCCUACAAAAUGUGGAGGAAUAAAAAGGCAUAUUGCCGUUUUUCUUUUGUUCUUUUUUUUUCUUUUCCUCAAUAAGGUUGUAAAUAUUUUCCAGCGCUGUUUUUCUGUGACAUAUGAAAGAUUGAGCAAGUUCCGCCUUCGCCCUCUACCUUAACGGUUUUCCUUUCAAUUAUUUUGCCUCUUUUGUUUCCCAUUUGCAGCAGCAAGGUUUGAUUUGUUAGUACUGUAAAAAUAGGAAAUUGUGGACUUUGAUACAUUUUCUUGUUUUUCUUUGUAAAGAAAUGUCUAAAAACAAGUGUACAUAUUUAAAAACAAAUCUGUGCAAACGACAUGUUUUUGCCCCUUUUCUUCCCCCCCUUCUUCAUGGAAUAUGUGCUGUCUGGAACAAAAAGACAAAUGAUCCUAAGCUACUGUACAGUAUUAAUCUUUUUCUUUUUUCUAAAGUGUACAGUAUGGGUUGUUGUAGGUCACAAGCACCAAUGCGCCUUUUUUUUUAGUGUAUUUUUUGACAAGGUUUUGGAGAGGUAGGGGCUAUCGCACCCACGUUAUUAUAGACAAAAAAAAACAAAAAAAAAAACACACACACAAAAAACAAAAACUUCCGCGGUAAACCUGCACAAAACGGAGCCAAAACAAGGGAUCGAUCUGAAAGACCGAACAUUUGGUUGUUUAGCUUUUUACAGAGAGGACUGAAGACACAAUAUUCACACGCUUACUAUUUGUUUUUCUCUGAAAGUCGGGCUUGUUGGGUAUGGGGGAAGGAACACAUCAAAACCAGGUUGCAAUAUAUCUCGAGACUUAUUUUAUAGAUAAGAAGAAAAAAAAAAACAUGGAUGAACUGUCUUUUAUAUAUAGAUAUAUUAUUUAAUUUAAUUUUUUUGGAAAUAAAACUUGAAGCUACAGGAAUUAUUAGAU